AACGACAAACAGAAAAUAGAACGAGCGCAACACUGUUUACAGAACGUAAAGUUAAACCCCGUCAGCCCGAAACAUCGACGUUCAGAUCACCGCGUCCAUAUUCGCUGAACCAUGACGGAGCCUCAGUCGGCGUUGUUACUCAGGAGACAGCUGGCAGAGCUGAAUAAAAACCCAGUUGAGGGAUUCUCAGCCGGCUUGAAAGACGACGAUGACCUGUACAAAUGGGAAGUCUUAAUCAUCGGACCUCCAGACACACUCUAUGAAGGUGGUGUGUUUAAAGCUCAUUUGACUUUUCCCAAAGACUACCCUCUCAGGCCACCUAAAAUGAAAUUUAUCACAGAUAUAUGGCAUCCCAAUGUUGACAAGAAUGGUGAUGUAUGUAUUUCUAUUUUGCACGAGCCCGGGGAGGAUAAAUAUGGUUAUGAGAAGCCGGAGGAGCGCUGGCUGCCCAUCCACACGGUGGAGACCAUCAUGAUUAGUGUUAUCUCUAUGCUGGCAGACCCCAAUGGUGAUUCACCGGCCAACGUGGACGCAGCUGCACAAUUGGCCGUGUCUGCGGGUGGGGAGCCGGAUGUGGGUAUGAGUCCUGGUUGCUGCACUAGCGCCUCCUCUGGUCGGUCGGGAUACCUGUUCAGGGGGGUAGGGGGAACUGGGGGGAAUAGCGUGAUCCUCCCACGCGCUACGUCCCCCUGGCGAAACUCCUCACUGUCAGGUGAAAAGAAGCGGCUGGCGACUCCACGUGCGGUAGUCUGCAGCCCGCCCCGGGUUGGCAGAGGGGGUGGAGCAGCGACCAGGACGGCUCGAAAGAGUGGGGUAAUUGGCCGGAUACAACUGGGGGGAGAAAAGAAAGAGUGGAGGGAGGACAGACACGGAGAAUUCAAAAGGAAAGUCGCCCGUUGUGUACGAAAGAGCCAAGAGACUGCUUUCGAGUGAUAUUUAGCAAGGGUUCUAGUUUCACAUUUUCAGGGUUUCCAAUUGAGAGUCAACAUGGCACGGUCUCCUGCACGCUUCCACCUGGUUGGCAGGCUUGUCCUCCUCGGCUUGGGCAGGAACAGGCCGGCUUACAACAGGCUGCAAUAGAACAUAACAGUGACAAUAAAGGCUGACAGAAAACCGCCAAGCAAGUGCCAACUCACAACAAAAACAACAGAAAAAUGCUCCAACAUUUUUUUUUUUUUAAGUCUAUGAACUGCUUCAGCAUUCAGGAAAAUAUUGUAAAGACCUGUAUAUAGCACAGACAAAACCGGAUAAUAUAUAAAGUUCUUUUCCAUCCAGCAACACACUUAGACCAAAUGGAUAGCGCUUGUUUAGGUAGAAUUUUGAGUUUUUAGUCGAUUUCGCCUUCAUCGACUGUAGUGUCCAUUAGUUCUGUUGUAGAUGGUUUUAAUAGGAGGCCCUACAUAUGGAGAAACGCGAGAAUGUGAUGCUGUGAAGAAUCCCCCGGGUAAAUUAAAACAAAUUGGUUCAAGAGACAGAAAUGAGGAGAUUGGCGAAAGGUCUUGGAAAUCCUGACAUAUUGGAGUCUACAUAGUGUGUCUCACUCUGCGCGUCCCUCGCUCUCAACAUGCAACCCGAAAUAUGAGUAUGCAGAUUUUCAGUUUUAAGUCAUACGACCGCGUUCGGUUGCUUUUAGCAGAGUAACACCCGUUUUUAUUCAUGCAUGCACAUUUUUCAUGUCUUUUUUUUUUUCUUUUAUCGAAAGUGCCUCCUGAUAAAAUGCUUGGCCGUGCUACCCUGCAUUGAACAUGAUUCUGAAAUAUCAUAAAAGUUGGGGAUAUUGUGUCCCGUGAUGAAAAUUGUGAUUAGGUGUGGAUUUAACAGCUCAGUGCACCAGGAUGCUCUAUAAUUAGAAUAUCGGUAACUAUUUAGUGUAGCAAUAACUCCCCUAGUGUGACGUGUACACAUUUUAAUGUUUGAGAUCCUGGUGAAAUUUUGGGGGUAUAUUCGGGGGUCAGGUUCACCAGCCUUCUGUUAUUUAAGCAUUUUGUUUUCCUCUUCUGUGUUGUCCUAGGUAGGUAUUGAUAUGCAUGCUUUAUCUUUAGUUUACCUUUAUUUUCUGAUUAUUUCGGGGGGGGGAUUUGGUUUGCGAAUGUUUGCGUAUACACUAUGUGUGCCCAUUUUUUUUUUUAUUAUUAUUAUUUUCCUCCUCUGAUCCUCAAUCUCAUUUAUAAUGUUCUCUCUGAUGGACUAUUGCAGUUUUUGCCUAAUGUACAAAGACAAAAUACUGAUGUAUAUUUUUCAUGUUAUGGAAAUUGUCACCUGUAGUGAGCUCUUCUUAAAUAUG